AUGAGAUUACCAUCUAUUAAUGAGUUAACUAAAGAUAAAAGUUCAACCAUUGUUAAAAAAGAAGCAUGUAUAGAAUCAUCUCCAAAACACGGUACUACUAGUACUAGUACUAGUACUAGUUUACCAAGUAUUUCAGUACCAAUAUCAAAUUCAAAUUCAAAUUAUACAGCUAAACCAAAAUUACCAAGUCCAUCUUUAAAUUCAAAUUCAAAUUCAAAUCCAAAUUCAACACAACCACCACAGCAACAACCACCACCACCUGUCUAUAAUGCUUCAGCUUCAGUUUCAGCUUCAACUUCUCCAACUACAAAUUAUCAAUAUUAUCAACAAGUUCCACAACGAGUUCCAAAUCAACAAUCACCAACAAUACAUGCACACCCACACCCUCAAUUUCCACAUCAUAUCCCAAUUCAAAUGCAAUUACCACCAAAUGGUCAAGUACAAAUUCAUCAUCCACAUUUUCAACCAAUAUAUUAUCAACAUCCAGCACAUCCUCACCAUCCUAUAUUAUACCAACAAUUUUUACCACCAAAUGGUGCUGCUUUAUAUCCAUUUCAUCAAGUAGUACCACCACCAGAAAUUGUUAAUAAACCAACAAAUAAAUGUCAUAGAUGUGGUACGACUGAAACUCCAGAAUGGAGAAGAGGACCAAAAGGUGUUAGAACUUUAUGUAAUGCUUGCGGAUUAUAUCAUGCUAAAUUAGUUAAAAGAAAAGGUGCCGCUGUUGCUGCUGAAGAAGUUUUAAACAAUAAAGUUACUAAAGGUAAAAAUGGUAGAAGAAUAAGUUUGAAGAAACAUUUAUUAAAAGAAACUUUAAAACAAGGUGAAGUUGCUUCUCAAGUUGUUGCACACGUUGGUUCUCAAUUACCUCCUAUAAAUCAACAUAGAGCUUCUUUUUCAUUACCUCCAAUACUUAAUCAAGCUAAUAAUAAUAAUGGUUCAAUUCGUCAAUAG